AUGUUGUGGAAACUAGCAGAUAAUGUCAAGUACGAAGAGGAUUGCGAGGACCGCCACGAUGGCAGCAGCAACGGCAACCCGCGGCUCCCGCACCUCUCGGCGGUCAGCCAGCACCUGUACAGCCCGGCCCCGCCGCUCUCCCACUCAGGAGCCUCCGAUUUCCAGCCCCCCUACUUCCCCCCGCCCUACCAGCCUCUGCCUUACUCGCAGUCCAGCGACCCCUACUCCCACCUCGGGGACCCCUUCUCCAUCAAUCCCCUGCACCAGCCGCCGCCGCCGCCCCCCAGCCAGCAGCAGGGCGCUUGGCCCCCCCGGCAGGGCCAGGAGCCGGCCGGCCUCGCCCCCCACGGCCGCCCCGGCCUCGUCCCGCACCUCUCGGCCCUGGAGAGCGGCUCGGCCGGAGGCCGUCGGGAAACGUACCGCCGCUCCGAGCUGCUGCUGCCCCACGGCCACGGCCUCGACGCCUCCGCCCUGGCCGACAACCUGGGCCUCCACGACAUGGCCCACCAGAUGGAGGAGGUGCAGAACGUGGAGGACCAACACUUGUUAAUGCAUGACCAGACGGUCAUUAGGAAAGGUCCCAUUUCCUUAACGAAAAACAGUGCUCUGAGUCUCCCCUGCCAAAAGGAUGGAUUAAUCGGAGUGGUCAUAAACCCCAACGAAGUGUUCUGUUCGGUUCCGGGGAGGCUCUCCCUCCUGAGCUCCACGUCCAAAUACAAAGUGACAGUAGCAGAGGUUCAGAGACGGCUCUCGCCCCCGGAGUGUCUCAACGCCUCUCUGCUAGGAGGAGUACUCAGAAGAGCCAAAUCUAAAAAUGGCGGCAGAUCAUUAAGGGAAAAACUGGAUAAAAUUGGCUUGAACCUUCCAGCUGGUAGAAGGAAAGCUGCAAAUGUGACACUAUUGACAUCUUUGGUGGAAGGUGAAGCUGUACAUCUUGCCCGUGACUUCGGUUAUGUAUGCGAGACAGAGUUUCCUUCCAAAGCAGUGGCCGAAUAUUUAACUAGACCACACAUGGGCCGCAACGAAAUGGCGAACAGGAAGAAUAUGCUUCUUGCUGCAAAGCAGAUUUGUAAGGAAUUCACAGACCUCCUCACUCAGGACAGAACUCCUCUUGGAAACACGAGACCUAGUCCCAUCUUGGACCCUGGCAUCCAGGGCUGUUUGACUCAUUUUAGCCUGAUCACACAUGGCUUUGGGAGUGCUGCCAUCUGUGCUGCCAUGACAUCCGUCCAGAACUACCUAAAUGAAGCAUUAAAAAUAGCAGACAAAACAUACAUGAACGCUGGCGACCAGAGCCCUGCAGAGACCAACAAAACCAUCGAUAAAAUGGAUAAGCACAGGAAAUAA